CAUUUCAUUUACUUGAUGUCUUAAACAGUUUAAUGAAUAAUGAUUGCACGUGAUAACACCUCUGGUCACCAAUAAUUAGACAAUCAUUAUUAAAUUGCUACUGAAACCCAACUAUAAACGGAAUAAUUACUAGACAAUUUGAAACAAAAUCGUUAAGCAAAUUAUGGUUUCAAGUUUAGUGUGCUAAAAGCGGCCUUUGUUCAACAUGUCCCGCAAGAUUGUUCGAAUAUCCUUUGCGAUCCACGCUUUACUCAGUAUUCGUGCACAGGCCGAUCGACAAGAGCUAGUUUUAGAUUAUCUAACCAAUAUCACCCACAAUCUUCAGAUCCAACAUGCUGGAGUGUUUAAUUGCUGGCUACUGCAGUUUUCCAACAAAUCUGUACUAUCAACGAUGCUGAACGACAUCGCACAGCGCCUGAAUAAUCAAGAUAUCAGUCUGUUGCAAGCGGACCAUCGGGGUCAGCAUGUUCCUACAUUCCGAGAGCCCAACUUGGUCAUAAUACUAUGGGGAAAUCAACAGCAAACAUUUGACAACUUCUACACCAGUCAGUGGAUAGUGAACAUACCGCCCGAAUGUCCUACAAUUGUCCUGUUUGAACAUGAUGAAACUGGGACUGAUCAGCCAAGGAAAAUCGGAGAGUAUUUCCAAACGAGAUUGGUGUUCUACUUCAUAUUGAUCGCAAUCAACGAGGACGCCGUGUUCUGCUUUCGUUAUCAACCGUUACGCAUCACGAGUCACUCCGGCCUCCCCACGCUCGAUCAACUGUUCUUCGACCGGCUACAGACGAUGCAGUUCAAAAGUUUAGUGGCCGGAUACGUUAAGGAUUACUACACAUCCAUUUACUGUGAAAAGCUGCACGCUUCGAUGCAACAGCAAUGAAUCUCUGGCCCAGUGUGUAUCGCGGUACAAUCCGAUACAUUUGAUGCUAAAUCGAUAUUUUAUGGUGCAGUACGACAAAUUCGCCGUAAGUGGUGUAGCCAUGGAACAGUUCGCUAUUGCCACACCGAAGGGACGCUUGCUUACUGUGUGGGAAAUUAUGCUCAAACCAUUCCAGCAGUCUGCCUGGGGCAUGAUACUGGGCAUCCUUGUAACCUAUCAGAUAAUCCAUCAACUGAAGCCGACACUUUUCUCCAACAAUCUGCUAGCUUUGGCACUCUUUGGGUUUGAUAAGCGACAGCUAGUCCUUUCCAAAAGCAUCGAGAAAAUAACCGCUUGUGCAUUGAUCGUGCUAUUUUUCCAACUCAAGUGUGCGUACGAGGCAAAGCUUGUAUCGUACAUCACCGAAGCGCCACGUGUCCCAGACGCUAAGUCAGUUGAAGACUUGCGCGAACGCAACAUCACUGUACAUUAUAGAAGUUUCAAUAUUACGUUAGUGCAUAAACUACACGGUAUGGUCAAGUUCUACGGCAAAGAUCAAUUCGAAUUCGAUGGAAUAACGAUUGUGGAAAAUCGUGCUGCUCUGAUUACGGAAAAACUAUUUGCCGAUAACAUGGACGGCUACGGAACGCAAUACACACUACUGAGCGAGAAUGUGUACGAGGCUAUUCCGUUUUAUGUAUUUGGCGCCAAGUCCCUGCUGGUAAGGCGCUUUCAUAACUUUCAACAGCGCGUCUUCGAAGCCGGUAUGCAGCAGCGCUGGCGUCGGGAAUAUUAUAAUUGCUUUCUAUGGUACAUCAUUCGAGAUCGACUUAAGUACACACAUCAUUCCGAACGUACAUACGAUGGAUCAUCUAUUAUCAUUAGCUACAACCAUCUCAAGCCACUGUUGCUGUUUUUCUUCGUUCAAUGGACCUUGGAGGUAAUGGUUUUUGGGAUCGAAAUAUUGGUGGGAAUAUUUAAACGAUCGCAAUACAUUGAUGUCAUAUAACGUGUGUCGAUAAAAUUCUUCAAUCGUUACUGCAAUUUUGUUUUAAAUGUUAUAAAUUAAAUCUCGUGAACAGGACAGACAUGCUUUUUGGUGUGUUAUUCCCCGAUCGUCAUCAUGCCAUGAUCGUAAGCCUUGUAAAUGUACAUUUUUGGGUCCAUUUUGGCUAAGACUAGAAACCAUGUGAUUGUAAGCGAUGUUAUCACAAGUAAUCGAGAUGCCUCGAGGCAACGGUUUUUUUUUUACAGACUGUGGAUUAAGUACGCAGGGAUGAAAAUGUAUUGAAAUUAUCUAGAACCUAAUUGUGCUGUGCUUAAGGCCAAAUCAAUCUACGAACAUAUAGUCCAAAUCAA